AUGGCAAAAGUGGCCCGUGUGGCUCUGCUCCUUCUGGCCGGCCUAGUGGCAUUGGCCAGCGGGCAGGUGGACGAGGUGCUCAAAUGGCAGAGGGUUGAGUACGACGUGCCGGCGGAAGUGUUGCAGCGGGAAAACGGCUACAUACCGAUCGGCAACAUCCCGAUGGGUGCGGUCCACCAUAAGAACCGUGUGUUUGUGGCCGUGGCGCGCCGUCGCUGGGGCAUCCCGUCCACGCUAAAUGUGGUCGACCUUUCGCCACCCUUCCCCAACACGAACGUUAUCCUGAAGCCCUAUCCUAACUUUGCGCUCAACGAGCUGCGGGCGGAUCUGCAACCGGACGCUAACCGCAUCGUUACGGUUUACCGGCCACGUGUCGAUCGCUGCGAUCGGCUGUGGUUUGUCGACACGGGCAUGAUGGAAAUCCCCGGCAACUUCACCGUCGUCCAACGGCCCUCGGUCUGGUCCAUCGAUCUGAACACGAACGAGCCCAUCCAUCGCUUCGAAAUUCCCAAGGAAGCGGUCGAAACGGGCUACGGCCUCACGUCGAUCACGCUCGACGUCGACCCGUCCGACUGUGAGAAGGUGUUCGUCUACAUCUCCGACCUGCAGACGUACCGCAUGGUCGUGUACGAUUAUGCGAACCGGCGCGCCUGGCGCUUCCUGCACAACUACUUCUUCCUGAACCCGCUCGAGGGUGACUAUCUGAUCCAGGGCAUCAACUUUGCCUGGGACGACGGAAUCUUCUCGAUCGCGCUGGGCAAUCCGGACCCGGUCACCAAGUUCCGCACCGCCUACUUCCACGCACUGUCCAGCAACUCGGAGUUUACCGUGUCGACGCGCGUCCUGCGCAACGAAACCGCUUCCCAGCGAUCCUGGCACGGUACCGACUUCCAGCUGCUCGGCUACCGGGGCAGCAAGUCCCAGUCAAGCAUACACGCGUUCGAUCCGGAAACGGGCGUCAUCUUCUUCGCACUGAUCCAGCAGAAUGCGAUCCUCUGCUGGGACUCGAACAAACCGUUCGCCCCACAAAACAUGGCGAUCGUGUACAAGAACGAUCGUGACAUUGUCUACCCGAACGAUCUGUCGAUCGACCAGAAUGGUUACGUGUGGUUCAUGACCAACUCGAUUAUCAAGCUGCUGUACACGCAGCUCAACCUGGACGAGUUUAACUUCUUCGUGUGGCGCGCCAACAUCAAGCAGAUCAUCAAGGGUACCGUUUGCGAUCCGGCCUCACCGCCGAACGUUAACUCGGCCCAGCGAUUCGGUGACGAGAACAACAACGAUCGUGUGACGUUCUUCGAGUUCAAGGAUAAGUACGGACCCGGCGGUGGCCCGUACGGUGGCUGGGGGCACGGCAACGGCCCAAACCGCCCCGGUCGUCGACCGUAAAACGGCCGUACGCUCGACAGUGACACACCGGCAGGAGGAUGUGGUGCUGGUCACACACUACGAAUAAGAGAUCAAACCAAUAAAAACCGCGUCAAUGUUUUGUUUAACCGCAACUAUUCGCAGCCACAAAAAAAAA